UCCCCGCAGGCGCCGCGACCCCGAGGUGCGGGAGUCCAGCCGCGUCCCGGACGGAUGAAUGGGGGCGGCUUCGGGGCGCCGGGAGCACCGGGCGUGGAGCUGCUCCCUCGCCUCGCUCGGACCGGCGCCCCGGGAAGAGCCUCGGUGGCCACUAAGCAAAAUGAUGCUUCAGCACCCAGGCCAGGCCUCAGCCUCUGAAGUCAGCGCCUCCGCCAUUGUCCCCUGCCUGUCCCCUCCCGGGUCCCUGGUGUUUGAGGACUUUGCCAACCUGACACCUUUUGUCAAGGAAGAACUGAGGCUCACCAUCCAGAACAAGCACUUGUGCCACCGCCUGCCCUCCAUGCUGGACUCGGUGACCGUCAGCAGCAGGCCCCUGGGGCUGCCCGCCACCAAGGAUGAGAUCGCCCCUGAGGAAGAUGAGAGGAGGAAGAGACGCCGGGAACGGAAUAAGAUCGCAGCGGCCAAGUGUCGGAACAAGAAGAAGGAGAAGACGGAGUGCCUACAGAAGGAGUCGGAGAAGCUGGAGAGCGUGAACGCCGAGCUGAAGGCCCAGAUCGAGGAACUCAAGAACGAGAAGCAGCACCUUAUCUACAUGCUCAACCUGCACCGGCCCACCUGCAUUGUGCGGGCCCAGCACGGGCGGACUCCUGAGGACGAACGGAACCUCUUCAUCCAGCACGUAAAGGAGGGGGCGCUGCAGAGCUGAGUCCUCACUGACUGUCCUCCAGGCCUGAGACUUUCUGCAGCCAAGGACCCAGGUGUGUGUGUGGUGGGGCACCUGGAGCACCCAGCAGGGCCUCCCCCAUGACCCAGAGAAACUUUGGGUCAGGCCUCUGUGGCCUGGUCUUGCCAGUGUCUGCCCCCUUUCCGGUCGGACUCAGCAAAGCCCGGGGCCGCCCGCCAGCUGCAUUCUCUCUGAAGGAGUCCCCGCAGCUAGGGUGGGCGGAUGGAGCCACCCCACAAUGGACGAGGGUGAGGACAGUGGCCCGGUGUGUGCUUUGUAGCCCACAAGCUGGCGUGUGCAGGAAUGGACCGUGUGCCGGGCUCCGGGCCCGGGCCUCACGCAUCCGCGUUGGCGAGACUUGGCUCAGAUCUGGUUUCUGAGAGUGAGCGAGCUCCCCAGCCUGGCGUCUGACAGCACCGCCCCUGCCCCAGAGCGGAUUGGGGCCCCAGAUGUUAAUGCAAAUCUGUGGGACCCCAGCAGGUCCUCUGACCCCAGCUCCGUGAAAAUGUCACAGAAAGGACAUCGAGCUUCCCGAGGGUGGGGACGUCCCUCUCUGUUACUCAGCCCGGGAGCAGCCUGAGGACCUUCACCUCUGCUUGUGGUGGGAGCCGUGCAGUGGACCUAGUGGGGGUCUGGGGGGCGCCCAGGCAUCACAUAGCGCUGCCGGGGUUGACGGUGUCUUCAUGGCAGCCGGCCACUAGGCCCCUGCCGGCUGGUUCUGCUCCCAUGUCUCUGUGAUGGCCGCGGAGUGUUGAGUCCCAGUCGGCUUUGCCUUAUUUAUUCCAGCAUUGCUAACCUGCCGAUAAUAAACAUUGGAAGUAGGUGCAGGAGCCUUGGUGUGGUGCUGGUCUUUCUUUUCCAUCCCUGGAAGGGAGGGGCAAGGUCUAGCCACCCCUCGACCCUCUCAAACCCGCCCAUCCCCUCCCUCCACUGCUACCGCUGCUGCUGGGGAGGGCGCCUUUGGCUUCUGGUGUUCACCAUCUCUGGGGGUCUCUGGGAAGGGAGCUGGCUUUCCAUCCCAGUCCUGCUGUGGCCUGGCUUCCGUUUCUCAUGGACUCGCUGCUGUGCGUGGACAAAACCCAUCAGCUUCUCUGGAUGUGCCCAGAAUGCUGUUGAACUUGAGUCACGGGCACCUGACUUCCUGUCCCUGAACUCCUGAGUGGUCACGUGGCUGACAGGUCACACUGUCCACAGGCACUGCACGUGGUGAAUGAGUGUGUGAACUAUCAGGCAGCAGAGGGGACCGUCUUAGAUGGGACAGUUGCGAUCCUGCAAAAAGAGGCGUUCACAGAGUUUCCUGGAAUCUCAGGGGCUCCCUGCCCACUCGCUCUCUGCCCAGACACUUGUGGUGCUCACAGGCUCAGAGAGAGAGGUGCCCACCUUCCCUGGAUGGGUCCCUCCUCAGGUUCCAGCUUUGGCCCUGCAGCCUGUCACCUGUGACCCUGCCGUCCCAGCUCUGCCCACCAGGGCGGUUCCUUGUGUGUAAGCAGCAGCUGGUGGUGGCCUCAGUCCCCGUUUCCUCUAAGACAUCAUCUGUUUUCCUUAUCUUGGUAGAGGAGGGGGGGGGAGAAUCCCUUGCAGGCCAAGGAGAGUUUUCUGUGGGCAGAGCACGAGACUUGCAAGCCUGAGGCCGUGGGCUCCAUCCCUGGCACCACCACAUGCUGCUAUGCUGGGGCUCUUGCUUUUCACACUCCCCUCCUUUAUCAAACUCCAGUUUUUUAAGCUGCUGGGGACAACAGUGGGUCAGAAAGGAAGAAGGGUUAAGCCGGGCUGGCACUGCCCUGGUGGGGAAGCUGUGAGUCCUUUGAACCGGUGUGCUCAGAGUCGUUCUGUUGUCUGUAGCUAAGUUUAUGUUUUGAUACUUUAAUAAAAAAAGAGAAUGUGA